GUGCCUUUCCCACACUGAGGGGCGGGCGGGCUCCCCGGGGAAAUCCGGCUCCAUGAGGCUUUAACCGGCCGAGCAGCUGCUUCCUUCCAUUAUCCUAUUUACACUCAGCUAAGCCUCGGCCGGGGAGGGAUGUGACAGGCCGCCGCUGCCAGCCGAGGUACCCACCGGGCCAGGUGCCCCUUAUGCCAGGAAAGGUACAAAUUAAGCAUGUCGGCCCAGGAAGGUGCCAGCCCGGCAGCGCCGAACCUGCACCCCAUCAGCAGAACGUUAACCCUGCGGGGAAAACGUGAGCACGCGCAUGCGGCGGAGGGCAGCGGUCAUGGCACGGUUGCGGACUGUAAGAAGGUUCAUAACUCCUUGAAUAAGGUGACGGCCUGUUAUCGGCAGCUGGUGAUGUGCGUCGGGGGCACGUCGGACAGUCCUCGUCUACGGGAGGAGCUGGAGGAGAGUCGGAAGAAAGCCUUCGAGCUGAGCACAGAUCUGAUGAACACGUUGAUGGUCCUGUUGAUGGAGCAAGAGGUGGCCCAGGAGGACAGAGUAGAGCUGGAGAGAACCUGGGUGCUGUUCCUCUCCACCCUAGAGCUCUUCCAGCAGGAUUUGUGUAAAGCUCACCACCUUUGUCAACUCUUUCCUCUGCAUGGCCGAAGAAAGAGACUGGUCAACACGGGGGUCAUAGGUAAAACAUCAGAAGUCGCCUAUAGAGCACGCAACAUAAAGUCACCCAGCAGCAUCCGAGUACGGGACAACACCCAAAGAGCCGAGAGACCCUGCUCCCCAGAUUUGGCCGGUCAGAUCGAGCAUGUGGAAAGGAUGCUUCAUGACAUGCAGAUGAAAGUCAGCAUUCCCAUAUGGACAGUAGAGGCUACCGAGGAGGCUUGGGCAGAGAUUAGCUCAAACUGUGACCUGGAUGAGGGCUCCGACAAUGAAAUACUAGCUGGGGAAGAUGUUUCCAACAGGGGCUGUUGUGCUCAGAGACAAUCGCUGGCUCGGCCUCUGUGUAUGGUUUCGUAAUGAACGUUGACCAUUGAGUUCUCAAACCAAGAGCUGGUCACUGUGCCCAAAGAUGUGAAUACUAUAGGGAAGGGUAUGAGGCUGCUUGCUUGACAUCUUUGUUUAGCAGGUGUUGGGGUUCAUAUGUCUACCUAUAAAAGCAACAUUGCGAUGUGGGGUGAAACUCUGAGACAUUUGCAGCCCACCUCGCUGGUGCAGAUAUCUGCUCAUCCCAUGGAACGAUAUGAAGCAGCUAGUGCCACCAGGUUUUUAUCUGACAUUUCGGAUGGCUAGAAAAUUCCACAUUGUGAGGACAAUCACCAAUUCUAGCGGCCGGUGGUGUCUACAUCCGUAUAUAAGCACCAUCUUUGUUUUUCCUAUUGGAGCAAACUGAACUGUAUAAUCCAUUACAAAGCAUGCAUGGAGUCUUCCUCAGGGUCCAUACAUAACAAAGCACUUACUGGAAGACGUUCUCAGUCCAUCUCUUUAAUGUUCAGUGUAAUCGCAUCCAUGUUGACUGAACCAGUUUGUGGUUUUCCGUCCGAGUCCCAUCUUCCAUUUAUGUAAUCAUUAAUGUUAUGUCUGUGCUGUCUGUGAUUACGGUAAAGAGAUUCACUUUAAUACAUCAGGGAAUUGCGUCCGUUCCUUUUUUAUGUGUUACUAUCGGAAUCGUUCCCUGUAGAUAGAAGAGCGUUCUGACAAGGGAUGUAUGUGCCUGACCCAUAGACAAUGUUCCUUAGCCAUCCAGUGCCACACAGCGUCCAGUUUAUGGUGUCUUCAAUCCAUAAAGCCAUAAAUAAAGAUUGCAUCCAAUGUCACUGUGAAUCAGGGCAGCUCAUAGAAUAUCUAGGUUCCCUUAUAGGAUAAAAUGUUGCCUCCCUGGUGUUUUUUUGGGAUGAAGGAGCUAUUGUGGUGGUUAAAGGGUUAAUUGUAACAGCCCCAUUGUGGUUGUCUAGGGCAGUGAAGCAGCAGUGUACAUCUGUAUCCCUGGUGGCCUUUGGGUUAAUGCUUGCAUCAUAGGUGGCCUAUGGACUUGCAGAAGGUGAAUGUCUCCAUCCCUGAUUGGCCUAGGGCAGGGAUACCCAACCUGCGGCCUCCAACUGUUGCAUAAUCACAACCCCCAGCAUGCCCGACAACUUACAGCUAUAGUACAGUAUUGUACUUUUGCAACAGCUGGAGGGCCACAGGUUGAGCAUCCCUGGCCUAGGGCAGUGCACGGGUUUACUCUCUGUGUCCCUGGUGGCCUAGGGUAGUGAAGGGGCUUGAUUUCUGUGUCCCUGGUGGCUUAGAUAACUGAAGGAGGUAACCCCCUGAGGACCAUGGGAUUUUCCUGUUUUUCACUCCCCGCCUUCCUAUAGUUCUAACCUUUUUAUUUUUACAUUCACAUAGCCUUAUGAUGGCUUAUUUUUUUGCGGGACAAGUUGUACUUUCUAAUGGUGCCAUUUACAGUUAUUCUGCAACGUAAUUCUAAUAAAGGUUUUUAUUUUACACUGUAAGCUAUGCGGUAAAAUUGACCUGUU